AUGGUUCGAAGCAACUUCUGGACAGUGGAUUCGGAGGACCGGGAGACCACAAAAAGGAAUUGGAAACGAUUUGGCAGUGCGAAGUUUCGAGGGCAACAACUUCUGUUGGAAGAUCGUGACAACAAAAAGGAAUGGGAAACGAUAUCACAGCCCGAAAACUCAAGUUGCCGCGUUUUUGUUCUGCGGAGCGCUCUUGGGGCCAAGUUCACCAAGAAAACACUCCACUCCGUCAUUAGCAGCAGAUUGAGGACAAAAAUCAAUCCAAAGGGGGAAAAAGAGAUCAGGUAA